UAAAAACAAUGCAUCCAACCUUCGAUUAUGUGUAACUGGAAAGCCAAUUAAUUUCCCCAGUCCGUCUCGAACCAUCAUUAAUCGUUCAUUAAUAGACCGCAAAAACCUACUAAACUAUGACCUACAAACUAAAAUACUUUAACAUGCGGGGCAGAGGGGAAGAUAUCCGUCUUCUCUUCGCUGCAGCCGGUGUAAAGUUUACCGACGAACGGAUUAGCAACGAGGACUGGCCUGGUGUGAAGGAUGGGACACCAUGGGGACAACUUCCCACGUUGGAAAUCAACUCUGCCACCACGCGACAAACGCUCGCUCAAUCCGUCGCCAUUUGUCGCUACAUUGCAAGGAAAUUUUCCCUGACGGGGGCCAACGAAUGGGAGGCGGCCAAAUGUGAUGAGUACGUGGAUGCCGUGGUGGAUUUGUUUGCGGAAUGGGUCAAGUUUGUCUUUGAGCCGGACGCCGAUAAGAAGGCAAAAGCAAAGGAGGCCUUUGUCAAGGUGCACAUGCCUGCAAAACUGAAAAAGCUGAACAUGCUCAAGAACGAGAACGGUGGAAAUUUUCUGGUUGGGAAGAAUUUGACCUGGGCAGAUAUCUUCAUAGCGGACAAAUUGGAGCGCUUGGAAACUUCUGUGGGGCCGAAGGUGCUCGACGGAUAUCCACACUUGAGAAAAUUGAAGGAAGCAGUAUUUAAUGUGGAUAAGAUUCGGGCCUAUUUGGCAGCUAGGCCGGAGGCAGCGAUGUAAAAUAUCAAACAUUGCAAAAAAUUGGAAUGAAAAGUAAUGUAAAAUAAAAGAUUGCAUUGCGUGCCGGUUUGAUUAUUA